GAAAUCAACGUACAAAUUUAUUACAGCUCCCUUUAAACGGUACAGUUUCGCAAGUUGAGUUUAUAUUUUAUUUGUAUAAACUAGUUCUGGGGCUAUUUUCAAUGGAAAUUUAUAUAAUGGCAGGCCGCUGCGUCGCAUGCUUAAUUCUAAUGAUCAUAAGUACAUCCUGUAAUCGUCAAAAAUAUCGAAAAGAAAUAACUAAGUAUCCACCCGACUCCCUGUUUUGGGUGACAGACUUCUUUGUUAACGGUUGCAAGAAUUUUUUGGAUAAAUGCCCGGCCGCUUACAAAACACAACACAUCUGCGCACAAGACUACGACGGUAACUACAGAGACUUCGCAAACUAUUGUUUUAUGCAAUAUGAGAAUUGCAACACAUGGCGAAAUUGGCGUGUAUUCAAAAGAGAGAGAUGUUAACUAUUGUGCGUCACUAACAACAGAAUCAGUUCAAAUGAUAGACAAUAUUGUUAUUAGGAAAUAUUUUGUUAUUAUUGAAAAUAUACUUUAAUACAAAGUGGUA